GUAUGGCGGCUGGGACUUGCGGAGGAGGACAACUUCUUCUAGAUUCUAUCCAGAAAACCUCCGGAAGCCAACAGCUGUAAUAAAACCCCACCACAGCAAACUGGAUUAGGACUAAUACAGAGAACGACAGCGCAACCAGCGUCCUCCAGUGAGGUUCCCCCGAAGCACAGCAGCAGUGUGAUGCACGGGGAGCCGCAGUGAAGAAGAAACUCCCCAGAUUUUUCCGCGUCUCUCUCCGUUCUGACUGUCAGUUAGCCGGCUAGCUGCUAGCUAGCUCACCUUUGCGCUUGCGUUCGCGGUGCAGGACUGUUUGUAGCCAAUGACGCCUCGGCUUGCUGGUUUUAUUUGCUACUGGAGACAGGUAUGGCAUAUCGCUUCCACUCGGUAAGCGAACUGGUUGAGAAGGGUGGGGAGAAAACAUUGGAGGACUUGAAUAACUUUGGAAGUACUCAUUAGCCUAGCCUAGCAUAGCCUAGCUGGUUGAACGCCAGAAACGUUGGCCGAGAGUUAGAGAUCCGCAUUUUUGUUGUAAAAGACGACUUGCUAAUCCCCUGAAUAUUGGCGGUUGAGUGUUUUGAGGCAUAAAUCCCCAUCGGACUGCUUUAACCGACCCACGGGGGGUGUUUCUGGCUCUCCGGCUCUGCUAGGUGUCGUUAGCGGUCUCGUAGGUGCACUCUGGAGGGAGUGGUGACCCGACGUGAGGUGCCAAGAUAAGGCUCCCUGUAUCAGGGUAACAAGGUCACCCCGAUUAUCAUGUGCCGUUUAGACGAACAGCAGAUGACACUCGAUUAAAGUGCGUGUGGACCGGCUUGUUGUUUGCCUGCUGCGGGCAGGUAAACGCAUCACAGCUCGAAAAAAGGCGCAAUAGUUCUGCAAAUGUAGGGAAUAAACAGGUGGGUUUAUUUAUUUGGAGGAGCUUCUGCUGUUUUGUGCGACGAAAGACAAACUUUGAGUGGUUUUACUUCCCAGCUCCACUGCUUGAAUAGUUUGAUGGACGUGAGGGGCUGUUUGCCAGGCUGUCAGUGCUAUAAUCAGUCAUGUAUGUCUUGACACAUGGCACCUUGGUCUGUACAUAGUGUUUGCUGUCAGAUUUAAGCGUCGUUAUGUAGCUUUAGUGGGGAGCCAUUGAAAAAGGAAUGUCUUGUCUUUUUAUACAUGUUUGGUUUGUUUUUUAUUUUCCUUUUCCUCAAAGUCUAGUUGAGUCAAAGUGCAGUCCCGAGAGCGUACAGGGGACAAUGCUUAUCAGUUAGUGCCUAGAAGAUUACAGAACCUGGAGAUCUGCCUGCAUACAGGCCGCAGAUAUUGUAGAUUAUUCUUUUUUAGUGGGGAUGCACCAAAACCCUGCCAAUCUGGAUCAGGAAAACCUCUCCAUUGUGUCUGGUUGGAGUAACACACUCAAGCCAAAAUCAAUGCCUUCAGCACUGGCCGUGUUCACCUGCCGACCCAACUCGCACCCAUUCCAGGAGCGGCAUGUGUACCUGGACGAGCCAGUCAAGAUCGGAAGGUCUGUGGCUCGCUGCCGACCGGCCCAGAACAACGCCACCUUCGACUGCAAGGUGCUGUCCAGGAAUCAUGCUCUUGUGUGGUUCGACCACAAGACGGGGAAGUUCUACCUUCAGGACACUAAAAGCAGCAACGGGACGUUCAUCAACAGCCAGAGACUGAGCCGCGGGUCCGAGGAGAGUCCGCCCUGCGAGGUUCUGUCCGGCGACAUCAUUCAGUUUGGGGUCGAUGUCACCGAGAACACACGGAAAGUCACCCAUGGCUGCAUCGUGUCAACAAUCAAACUGUUUCUGCCUGAUGGGAUGGAGGCCCGCAGACGAAGCGAUGUCAUCCAGACUCCUUUACCACUACCUAUAGACAAGGUGGCAGCCAACACUCCCAGUAUGUACUCUCAGGAACUGUUCCAGCUCUCCCAGUAUCUACAGGAGGCCUUACACAGAGAGCAGAUGUUGGAGCAGAAGCUGGCCACUCUGCAGCGGCUCCUGUCCACCACCCAGGAGGCCUCAGAGAGCAGCUGGCAGGCUCUGAUAGAUGAGGACCGGCUGCUGUCCAGACUGGAAGUGAUGGGCAGUCAGUUACAGGCCUACUCUAAGUCGCAGACAGAGGAAGGGAUCCGCAAGGAGCUCCUGGCUCUUCAGGAGGACAAACACAACUAUGAGACCACAGCAAAGGAGUCCCUGAGGAGAGUCCUGCAGGAGAAGAUCGAGGUGGUCAGGAAGCUCUCUGAGGUCGAGCGGUCGCUGAGCAACACGGAGGACGAGUGCACCCACCUGAAGGAGAUGUCUGAGAGGGGCCAGGAGGAGCUGCAGGAGCUGGCCAACAAGUACAACGCUGCCGUCAACGAGAUCAAGGAGCUCACCGACAAGAUCAAGGCGGCGGAGGGCAGGCAGGAGGAGCUGACGCUGCAGGGAGCGACGGAGAAGCGGGAGCUGGAGAUGCGGAUCGAAGAGAUGGAGGAGAAGGAGCAGGUUCUCCAGGCCCGCAUCGAGGCUCUGCAGGCCGACAACGACUUCACCAACGAGAGGCUGGCCGCCCUGCAGGUGCGGUUAGAACAGCUGCAGGAGAAAAGCAACAGUAUUGAUGUCUGCCCCGGAUCGGUAGAGGAGCCUGUGGAAGUCAAACAGAGCCUGCAGACCUCUGCGAAACGGGACGAAGAUGAGGCGGAAACAGACACCGAUGAUGGUGCAGUUGGUGAAGAUGGAGAGAACGAUGACAACUGUCAUGUCAACAGUGGAGAAGACUCGACUAGAAUCCCACAGUUGAUUGAGUGUCCGCCCGUCAAGCAGCUGAAGGAGAACGUCUGCUCUUCGAUUCACAAACUGGCCAACUUUGAUGAAGUGAUGGACGCCCACCUGCAGAACAACCAGGCGCCAGAAGACGACCUGCUGGCCAGCCCCGACCGCCUCAAAGGCAACCAGAUGGAUGCCAAAGAGUCCGACAUGUCCGACACGCUCAGUCCCAGCAAAGACCGGAGCAGCGACGACACGUCAGACGGCAACAUGAACGACCAGGAGCUGAACGAACCCCAGAACAGAGUCGCUCUCCUCAAAGCGGAGUUGAACCGAGCCGGUCUGGACGUUGGAGACACGGAGAACGUCAUCAGCUACCUCCACAGGGAACUUCUGGAAGCCCAGGACCUGGCCAACACCGGGAAGCAGAAAUGUCUGGAACUACAAGCUCUGCUGGAGGAGGAGAGGAGGAGUAACUCCAAGCUGACCGAGGAGUCGACCAAACAGAUCCAGUACCUGCAGACUCAGCUCGGGAAGCUGCAGGCCGACAUGGAGGCCCUGAGGGAGCAGAGGGAGAGCACCAUCUGCAGCACCAGGGAGGAUCUGUACUCCGCCCAGGAGGAGAUUAUCGUCCUACGACACACCAUGGAAACGGCCACAGCCGAGCGUGAGCGCGAGAUCGCCGCCCUGCAGGCGGACCUGGGCGGCGUGCGCACGGAGCUGGAGCACUGGAGGAGCACUGCGGCCAAGUACGAGGAGGAGAUCAGCCGGCUGCAGGAGGCCUUUGCUCAGCAGCAGCAGCAGCAGAACACGGCCAGCCAGCUGCAAGAGGAGUGUGCAGCUUUGCAGCAGCGCUGUGCAUCUCUGCAGCAGGACUGUGACGGUCUGAGAGCUGAGCGGAGAGACCUGACGGACAAACUGCAGCACCUGGAGGCGGAGCUCAGCAGCACCAGGGAGCAGAGUCUGGUCCUCAGCAACAGUCUGGAGUCUCUGGAGAAGCGGAAAGAGGUUCUGCAGGACAAACUGGGUUCUCUGGAGAACCAGCACCUGGAAGACGCCAGCAGGCUGAAGACGCAGCUGGACCAGGCCCAGGCCCGAACACACACCCUGCAGAAAGAGUAUGAAGACACUCAGUCUCAGCUGUUUGACCUGCGGCGGCGCUACGAGAAGACGGAGCAGGAGAAGCUGAACAUCCACCAGGAGCUGGAGCAGUGCCGCAGCAGCCUGAAGCUGCUGCAGGACAAGACCAGCUCUAGCGGCUGGAGCCCCUGGAUGCCGGUCAUCGCAGUGAUGGUCGCCGUGACGGCAGCCGUCCUUUACCCCAACCUGUCCAAGAGCAGCGCCACCUGAGACGCUGCCGCGGCGACGCUUUGUGUAAAAAAAGCAAAAACAAACACAAAAAA